CCGCAAGCGUUGUCGUAGGUGAUAAGCGCCGUUGGAGUUGUUCCGGGCAGCGGCCGUGUUCGCCCUUCGACCGCACUUGUGAAAACCCUGGUUCUCGUAGCGAUGUGCCGGUCAAAUACAGCCGCGCUGCCCUUUCUAGUGCUUCUGCUACCGUUCCUCCAUCAGGCGUCGUGCUCCUCUUCUGCGGACAGUGGUUCGCACCGUCGCAGUCUCAGCUGCUUCCAGUGCAGCUGGCUGGCCGAGCAGGCGGUGACCCGUGAUCGCCAUGAGGAACUCGCCAGGCAUUGGAAGGAAGCGUACAAACACUCCGAAGGCGCCAUUGACAACCCGUUCAAGGAACCACUGCUGGGCGUCGAGACAUUCUCUGAGAUGCCUACCAGGUCGCAGCUGAUGGUACACUGCGACAACUGCAGCAAGCCGGACGGCAAGUGCGCGCGCUGGACUUUCUACGGUAACACGGGUCAGCCCGUGAACGUGACGUGGAUGUGCGUGAACAGCCUGGAGACCGGUUGCUUUGUGGAGCACAUGGCCAGUCACUUCGACAAGGAGGUGUGCCUGUGCGCGGACAGACAUCACUGCAACGCCGCCAGUGUCGCGGCGCCAUCCGUGUCCUUGGGCGCUGCGCUUCUCUGGACAGCAUGGAUGAUCUCGUCUUGGACAGUGCGAUCUUGAAAUAAUGGACAACUUUGAGGACGGGCAUAUAUA